AUGGACUGGAACUGUUCAGCGCUUCGAGACUUUCAGUCAAUGACACGUCCUCGCCAGUCGGGCGUGGCGACCGACGUCUUUGCUGGCGACUGUUAG